AGGAGCGGAAGUGACGUGUUGCGGGGCGGGUCUGUCCACGCACAAUGGGCCAUGGAGUUCUCUUUCGAUGUGGACGCCCUGCUGCCGGAGCGGAUCACGGUGCUGGACCAGCACCUGCGACCCCCAGCCCGGCGACCCGGAACCACAACGCCGGCCCGUGUUGACCUGCAACAGCAAAUUAUGACCAUUGUAGAUGAACUGGGCAAGGCUUCUGCCAAGGCCCAGCAUCUUCCUGCUCCCAUCACCAGUGCAUCAAGGAUGCAGAGUAACCGCCACGUUAUGUAUGUGCUCAAAGACACUUCAGCGCGACCAGCUGGAAAAGGAGCCAUUAUUGGCUUCCUGAAAGUUGGAUACAAGAAACUCUUUGUGCUGGAUGAUCGUGAGGCUCACAAUGAGGUAGAACCACUUUGCAUUCUGGACUUUUACAUCCAUGAGUCACUUCAACGCCAUGGCCAUGGACGAGAACUCUUCCACUAUAUGUUGCAGAAGGAGCGGGUUGAACCACACCAACUGGCCAUUGACCGACCAUCACAGAAGCUGCUUAAGUUCCUGAAUAAACAUUACAACCUGGAGACCACAGUCCCACAGGUCAACAACUUUGUGAUCUUCGAAGGCUUCUUUGCCCAUCAGCACCGGCCCCCUGCUCCCUCCCUGAGAGCAUCUCGACAUUCUCGUGCUGCUGUGGUUGAUCCUACACCUGCUGCUCCAGCAAGAAAGCUGCCACCCAAGAGAGCAGAGGGAGACAUUAAGCCAUAUUCCUCUAGUGACCGAGAAUUUCUGAAGGUAGCUGUGGAGCCUCCUUGGCCCCUAAACAGGGCCCCUCGCCGUGCUACACCUCCAGUUCACCCACCCCCCCGCUCCAGCAGCCUGGGAAACUCACCAGAACGGGGUCCCCUCCGCCCCUUUGUGCCAGAGCAGGAGCUGCUGCGUUCCCUGCGCCUCUGCCCUCCACACCCUACUGCCCGCCUUCUGCUUGCUACUGACCCUGGGGGCAGUCCAGCCCAGCGUCGCCGCACCAGCUCCCUUCCCCGCUCUGAUGAGAGUCGAUACUGACAGACAGCUACCCCUUCCCCUCCCGUGGAGACCCGGGAUGGGCAGAGCCCCCUCUCCCUGAGAACCCCAGACCCACUCUUCCAUUGUAGUCCCAGGUUUCCGUGGAACCUGACAGAGCUCAUAGGAUUCCCUCUUCCACUUUCUUGGGCAACAGUGUUGUCAGGGUCCUACAUGGCCAAAUACUUUGUAGCUUUUCUGCCUUCUUCCUAAGUGGGCUGCGAACACUCCCACAGACAGCCUGAUUUGCUGCCAGAUCCAUUGAUUGGGUGGCUCAUACUGAUUAUCCAGAGAAGCACACUUUUGCUUGCUGUGUUAGACCCUAGAACACCAAGGAAGGUCCAAGGGCCUCCUCUGCCAGGGAAACUUUUAAGGAGUCUUGUCCAUGGAAUAAAUCCCAUAGUCCUUCCACAGUGUUACUGGUGGCUCUAAUACUGCUUUGUGCUGCCUACUACAUUUAUCUUCUCAGCCUGCUGAAGCCAACCAAUGAGCUUUGCUUCAGAGCAGCUCAGUGAUCUAGGACAGGGUCUUACCAGCUCCCCAAAGGGAUCCACUCAACAUUGCCAAACUCUAAAUCUCCCCAUGUUUUGUGUAUGUAUUGGGAACCCCCAAGCUGAUGUCUGCUUUGAGGCUCUAGACUCCCCACACUUCUGAAGAUACCAUCACUUCCCCCAGAUCCAGAUACUGUGAGGGAGUUUGUUUCUUGGCAGCAGAUCCUGUUGAGCACCCUGUGAUCACUCUUAGCCAUGUUUCAGAAGAUAGGCCCUGAGUCUCAAGUAUCUGUUAGCUCCUGGGAUCCCCUCCUGUAUACAUCCCUCCCCAGUAGCUAGAUGCUGAUAAAUGCCUGUCUGGUGAGGUUGUCUUGAGAUGAUGGAGGAACUCUUCCUCUGGCCUUCCUUUCUUUCUUCCAUAGCAAGAACCUUCCCUGCUCCAUACCCAGGGUAUGGAACAUCCUUCCCCCUCCCUACCUUCUGAAUGUGUGGUAGAUCAGGUUACUCCCAGUGUGUUCCCCCAUCCCAGUACUUGGGAGCAGGAUCUCCCUCUCUCCCAACUCACUCCUUUUCCUUCCCCUUCUCACUGUUGUUUGAAUAAACUGCAUUCUUUUGUGUUUUUUAAAUGGACAUUUUCAAUGAAAGAAAAAUCAAAAAAAAAAAAUACAAAAACAAAAACAAACCCAAACUUCAGGUCUCAGCCUCGUUUAUGUGUCACCUGUUUGUUUUUUUUUUUCCUUGGGAUCUCUGGACCUCUGUGCCUCUCAUCUUCCUUACCUCUGAGAUCUACUGGAUCUUCUGCAGGUUCCUUCUCCUGUCCAUGUAGUCACUGGAUCCUCUGUGUAGGCUUCUGGAUCUACUCUCCCAUUCCCUCCAGAAACCUCCAGCUCUCCCCAGUGACUUCUACCCUUUUGCAUAGGCCAGCCAUUGCUGAGAUGUCAAGAUUUGCUAACAUCUCUGGGACCUACUCAUUGCCUCCUGACUGUUCCCUGGAUUCCUCUUCCCAUUCUGGUUUCCUGCCCCUCUCCCACCCUUGGACCUCUCUCCAUACAAUUUCUUUUACUCCUAAAUUAAGCCUUGUCACUCCCUAUUUCCCUCUGGUCUGACAUAUCCUAUAAUUAAAAUAACCAUGUUUUCUAAACCAAA